AUGUCUGCAGAUCUCUUUGCCGAGUUCAAUAGUCUCUCAGACAACUCAAAACCUCCAACCCAGCAGCAACAGACUGCUCCUUUUCAACCUCAAAUUCAGCAACAACCGCCACCUCCAAAACCUCUGCAGCGCACUGAGACAAAAGAUCUCUUCGACCUUUGGGGCAAUACCAACAAUGCCUCACCAGUGAAUUCUCAGCCGUGGCCUACUUUUCAAUCUCAGUCAAGUACUCAGAAUGCAUGGGCAAGUGCGCCAGUCCCGUCCAAGCCGGCGGAGACAAAUGAUGAAGAAGAUGAUGGAUGGGGCGACUUCGAGGUAGCUGCACCUUCGCAGACUGCAGCGGUUAAUGCGGCGCCUAUUCAGACCCCGAGUCCUGCGCCGGUUCCUGCUUCGGCUUGGGGCUCGCCUGCAGCUGCAACUCCAAGCUCAGCAAAUCCAUCUUCCAUACCAUGGCCGAAGAUGGAGCCAAGCUCGGCCGCUACCGUAGCUCAGCGAGCACCUGGUGUAAGGCAGCAACCGCCAACUAGGAUUGUGAGAGCAUCGACGAUGGACUUGCUAUCCAACAGUCUCGUUGAUACUGGGUUUGCUUCACAGAAAUCUACUAGCAACCCGAAGGUUCAGCCCUCGGGACUACCAUCACAGCUUACGCAAGAAUGGGGUCAAGCAACAGUUAGCCCAGAGCCACAAAACCAACGAAUGAAGGCCAAGCUCAAAUCUACUGCACAGAAGGACCCUAGUGUCCUCUUUGACGCCGAGGAUUUUGAACUUCAGGUAGCUGAAGAUGAUGAAGAGGAUGACGACGAUGAUGAUGAGUUUGGGGAUUUUGAAAGUGUUCCUCCUCCGCCUGCACCAAAGGUCACCUCUACGGCUGCUGUAUCGAAACCGACACCUCCUCUUCCAUCAAUGGACCUUCUCUCAUUAGAUGAGCCAGCCCCAGCUCCAUCGCAACAGGCCAGAAAGCCGCCGCCAACACAGCUUCUCGGAUCUCUCGCCUUUGGAGCCAUUAAUACAAGCUAUCCCCAGGCGCCGAAAUCGCCAUCUUUUCAUGAUCGCAACCCAUUCCCAGAACUGGCUAUCAAAACACCUACAUCUGCAGAACCCAAAGAAGUAAAGAAACCUAAGGAGGAGACUCCAACUACAGCGUGGCCAUCCUACGAGAGCCCAACAGGAAGUCUAAAGGAUUCCAAACUGGCCAACACCAAGGAACAAGACGAGGAGUGGGGUGCUUGGGAUGAUUUUUCAACGACUGAAGGUAAAAAGGCGACUACCAGCGCAAAGAAGGCCCCCGAAAGCUGGGACUGGGACGCUGUUGAUAAUGUCCAACCGUCGUACAAUGAGUCCCAGGGGGAUGCUCCUCCACCGAUCAACGUUCCACCUCCGUCGGUCAUCCUCUCUGCGUUUCCUGAUCUACUGAAUUCUGGCAACGCCUUGUUCAAGCCCAUGUCGGGCCAAAGCACGUCGAUUAAGCAGAGAGUACUAUCAGACCCUAAAGCUGUAGAUUUUCUACAAGGCUAUAUCUUACUAGCCACAACAGCGGCGCGCGUAAUUGCUGGCCGUAAACAGCGAUGGCAUCGGGAUAAGAUCCUGGCUAAGAGCAUGUCAAUCUCAGCUGCGGGGAGCAAGGGCAUGAAACUCGCGGGAGUCGACAAAACACAGGCUACACGCGAGGAUCGUGAGGCUGCAGACAUAGCUGCUGUUUGGCGCGAGCAGGUUGGUCGCCUGCGAUCUGCAGUUGCUGCGGUCAAGUCGGCAGAUAAGGGUCUGUCACUUAAGGUUCCUGAGAUUAGCGAAAACAUGUCAGUGCAUACAGCUAAGAUGGUACCAACAGCCCCUAAGGCCUGUAUCAUCUGUGGUUUGAAGAGAGAGGAGAGAGUAGCUAAGGUAGAUUUUGAAGUGGAGGAUAGCUUUGGGGAAUGGUGGUUAGAGCACUGGGGACACAAGGCGUGCAAGAACUUUUGGAUAGAGCAUGAGCAAAGGCUCAGACAACGGUAG